GCUGGUGUUUCUUCCAUGGGCCCCGAAGACAGGGCCAAGUGCUUGUGUUGUGGCCCAGAGCUGAGCCGCUGGGCAGCUGACCAUGAUCCCACACAGGAACACUGCAGACUCCACUCUCUGUGUGGCCACGUCCUGACCCGGGGCGGCUGGGGAGCCCGGGACCACGUGGAUGGGCAGAUCCUGGGUCUGCUACACUCCUUGGCAGAAGAGGAAGAGGAAGAGGGGGCUGGGGCCACCUUGCCUGCCUUCCCUGGAAUGGGCUCUGAGGACAUGCGGCUGGCCUCCUUCUAUGACUGGCCCCUGACCGCAGGGGUGCCGCCUGAGCCUCUAGCUGCUGCUGGCUUCUUCCACACAGGCCAACAGGACAAGGUCCGGUGCUUCUUCUGUUAUGGAGGUCUGCAGAGCUGGAAGCCAGGGGAUGACCCCUGGACUGAGCACGCGAAGUGGUUCCCCAGGUGUCAGUUCUUGCUCCAGUCAAAGGGAAGAGAUUUUGUACACAGUGUCCAGGAAUCUCGCUCCCGGAUGCUGGGGGCCUGGGACCGAUGGGAAGAGCCAGAAGCCACAAACCUUGCCACCCUGCCAGCUCCUGUCCACAGGGACCCUGAGCCGCUCAUACCCAGAAGAGAGGUCCAGACUGAAGGUAAACCAGCUGAACCCAGGCCAAGUGUGUGGUGGGCUCUCGGUCCCCUAGGAGCUGGGGCCGUGGCACAGGAGCUGCAACAGCUGCAGGAGGAGAGGAUGUGCAAGGUGUGUCUGGACAGGGCUGUGGCUGUGGUUUUUGUGCCCUGCGGCCACCUGGCCUGUGUGGAAUGCGCCCCCAGCCUGCAACUGUGUCCCAUCUGCCGGACCCCCGUCCACAGCCGUGUGCGCACCUUCCUGUCCUAGGACAGCUGCAGCACCCAGCCCCUCUCAGCCAGUC